AUGGUUCACUUCACCAGCGUCGCCCUUGCCAUGGCCUCUGCCAUUGGCCUCGCCGCUGCCAACCUGUCUGGCGACAUGACCUACUACGCCCCCGGCCUCGGUUCUUGCGGCGGUACCAACAGCGAGUCGGACGCUAUUGUCGCUCUGUCUUACCUUCAGUACAACGGCGCCAAUCCUUGCGGCAAGACCAUCAAGAUCACCCUCAACGGCAAGACCACCACUGCCAAGGUCGUCGACAAGUGCAUGGGAUGUGCCGAGGAUGCCAUCGACGUCUCUCCCUCCGUCUUUGAGGACCUCGCUGACCUCAGUGUCGGACGCACUGUCGUCGAUUGGGAGUUCACCGACUAA